AUGGCCAUCUCUCGUUCACGCAGACAUAAAGAACCUGCUCCACGCUUGAGAAUUCUCAGUAAGAGGAAGCGCGGCUCCGCAGAUGCCUACGCGCUUCGUCGCGCGAUGACCGAAGAAGAGAGGGAGCUAUGGGCAAGCCCGUAUUUACGGAUGCUGUCCACUCCCUUGAGAGUGUCUGCGGUGGGGGAGCGUCAUUUGCCAACUGCAUUCCUCAUCCGUCUUUCAGCAAAGCGAGUGCCCGGGCCUCAUAAAGCCAUCGUAAACGUAGUUCCAGACACACUCGAGCACCCUGCGUAUAGGCACCAACGACCAGGCUCUGGGGUGUAUAUCCCCUGUCGGGGAGACGCAAUCAGGGCGAUGAAAGAGAAGUCUGUUGAAAGGCUGCUUCAUCACUCUGCUCGGGUGCAAUCUGGGCUGGAAGAGCAGAUCAGUCACUUGCUACGCGUGCGUGUCCUCCAGGAGCUCCGCAUAUUGGUGCAACGCCUCAGACGCAAGCCUUGGGGGGCAACGGACGCGCCGCUACUUCGAAGACUUACCCGCACCGAGUGGAAGGAACUACAGGCGUCCGGCACCAUUCCUCAAGAAGAUGCGGCCGCAGUGCUUGUCGUUCCCCCGGUGAACAGGAACCCCGCUACAAAUGCACGACCCGAGCCAUCCAUGUCAUCAUUACCGCUACCCAGCGCCGAGGCACCCAGCAAGGAUAGGCGGCCACAGCUCCCUGUCUCGACAUUGAUGCCCACGACUACCUCCGGCGCGUUCGAAGACGACGAACUAUCUGUCAUCCUCCCUCAGUCGAAAGUGCCGCUAUAUAACGGUGUUGCGCUGUUCCCAUCUCCGCAGCAGCGAGCGGCUUGCCACAAGUCUCUGACAGAACUGCAAGGACACCCCAAUGCUGCAUCGGAGGAGACAAGGCUGCCAGAAGCCUCUGGCCGGGUUCGCGGUGACGAGAAGGGCAGCCAUGCAUUUCUGCUGAGAUCGAAUGCGAAGACACUUCUACGCGCAGACACGGUUCCUCUCGCUGUUGCGCUCUGGAGGCUUCGGAUGUGGGAGGGGCAGGGUUGGGAUAUCGAAGGCCCGGAGUACCUUGGGCCAUGGGGCGCACAUUGA